CAGAGCAGGAAGUGUUUGAGGAAGUCGCUCUCUGCUGGCUGGGUUAGGAUUCCCGCAUUUUAAUGUCUUCGGGGUGGUGUCAGAGCCCCCGGUUGUGCUGCCCCAGCCCCCAUCUCCCCGGCCCGGGGAGCCUUUCCCCUGCCCGGCGUCCCUGCCGACAGAGUUAGCGCAACAUCAAUAUGAGCUGGUCACCUUCCCUGGCAACUCAGACAUGUGGGCCCUGGGAAAUGAAGGAACGACUUGGGACAGGGGCAUUUGGAAACGUCAUCCGAUGGCACAAUCAGGAAACAGGUGAGCAGAUUGCUAUCAAGCAGUGCCGACAGGAGCUCAGCCCCCGGACCCGAGAGCGGUGGUGCCUGGAAAUCCAGAUCAUGAGAAGGCUGAAUCACCCCAAUGUAGUGACUGCCCGGGAUGUCCCUGAGGGAAUGCAGAACUUGGCCCCCAAUGACUUGCCCCUGCUGGCCAUGGAGUACUGCCAAGGAGGAGAUCUCCGGAAGUACCUGAACCAGUUUGAGAACUGCUGUGGCCUGCGGGAAGGAGCCAUCCUCACUUUGCUGAGCGACAUUGCCUCUGCGCUUAGAUACCUUCAUGAAAACAGGAUCAUCCAUCGGGACCUAAAGCCAGAAAACAUCGUCCUACAGCAAGGAGAGCAGAGGUUAAUACACAAAAUUAUUGACCUAGGAUAUGCCAAGGAGCUGGAUCAGGGCAGUCUUUGUACUUCCUUUGUGGGGACCCUGCAGUACCUGGCCCCAGAGCUGCUGGAACAGCAGAGGUACACAGUGACGGUGGACUACUGGAGCUUCGGCACCCUGGCUUUUGAGUGCAUCACCGGCUUCCGUCCUUUCCUCCCCGACUGGCAGCCUGUGCAGUGGCAUUCAAAAGUCCGGCAGAAGAGUGAGAUGGACAUCGUUGUGAGUGAAGACUUGAGUGGAACAGUGAGGUUUUCAAGCUCUUUACCCUACCCCAAUAAUCUUAACAGUGUGCUGGCACAGCGCCUGGAGAAGUGGCUGCAGCUGAUGUUAAUGUGGCACCCCCGGCAGAGGGGCACAGAUCCGCUGUACGGGCCCAACGGCUGUUUCAAGGCCCUGGACGACAUCUUAAACUUGAAGCUGGUUCAUAUCUUGAACAUGGUCACAGGCACCAUUCAUACCUAUCCAGUGACACAGGAUGAAAGUCUGCAGAGCUUAAAGGCCAGAAUCCAGGCAGACACGGGAAUCCCAGAGGAGGACCAGGAGCUGCUGCAAGAAGCGGGUCUGGCGUUGAUCCCCGACAGGCCUGCCACGCAGUGUAUUUCAGAUGGCAAGCUAAAUGAGGGCCGCUCGUUGGACAUGGAUCUUGUUUUUCUCUUUGACAACAGUAAAGUCACCUACGAGACACAGAUCUCCCCUCGGCCUCAACCUGAAAAUGUCAGCUGUAUCCUUCAAGAGCCCAAGAGGAAUCUCUCUUUCCCCCACCUGAGGAAGGUGUGGGGCCAGGUCUGGCACAGCAUCCAAACCCUGAAGGAGGACUGUAACCGGCUGCAGCAGGGACAGCGAGCUGCCAUGAUGAAUCUCCUCCGGAAUAACAGCUGUCUUUCCAAGAUGAAGAAUUCCAUGGCUUCCAUGUCUCAGCAGCUCAAGGCCAAGUUAGAUUUCUUUAAAACCAGCAUCCAGAUUGACCUGGAGAAGUAUAGUGAGCAAACUGAGUUUGGAAUCACUUCAGAUAAAUUGCUGCUGGCUUGGAGGGAAAUGGAACAGGCGGUGGAGCUCUGCGGGCGGUUGACAUUAGCACAGCAUUUUUAUCAGGAAAAUGAAGUGAAACAUCUCGUGGAACGGAUGAUGGCACUGCAGACAGACAUCGUGGACUUACAGAGGAGCCCGAUGGGUCGGAAGCAGGGAGGGACGCUGGAUGACCUAGAAGAGCAAGCAAGGGAGCUUUACAGGAGACUAAGGGAAAAACCGAGAGACCAACGGACUGAUGGUGACAGUCAGGAAAUGGUACGGCUGCUGCUCCAGGCAAUCCAGGCCUUUGAGAAGAAAGUGCGAAUGAUUUAUACUCAGCUCAGUAAAACUGUAGUUUGCAAGCAGAAGGCUCUGGAAUUGUUGCCCAAGGUGGAAGAGGUAGUCAGUUUAAUGAAUGAGGAUGAGAAGACUGUGGUUCGGCUUCAGGAGAAACGACAGAAGGAGCUCUGGAAUCUCCUGAAGAUCGCUUGUAGCAAGGUACGUGGUCCUGUCAGUGGAAGCCCAGAUAGUGUGAAUGCGUCUCGUCUUAGUCACCCUGCUCAGCUGAUGUCUCAGUCUGCCACUGCCCCUGACAGCUUAGCUGAGUCAGUCAAGAAAAGUGAAGAACUGGUGGCUGAAGCGCACACUCUCUGCUCCCAGCUAGAAAAUGCGAUGCAAGACACCAUGAAAGAACAAGGCCAGAGUUUUAUGGCUCUGGACUGGAGCUGGUUAAAAGCGGAGGAAGCAGAGCAGAAUAGCCUGGAGCAGGCCUCGUGAUUGUGUGGGUGGCCUUGACCACCUGAUGUGGGGCUCCCUGGCCUGAGGCUCACGCAGUGGCCCGUGCUACAGUGAUGUCCCGGAAAUCUUCGGCCCCCAGGUGGGGAUCUGCUGACUUCCCCCAGCAGUCGUGACACUCACCCUGAACGAAGGGUGUGGCCCUCAGUGGGCAACACUGGACACCUUGUCUGCACAUCCGGAAGGUGUCCAUUGCAGAGGCCCAGCACACUUUGAUGCCAUGUGACACGCUUGGCAGAGCCACAGCAGCACUUCCUCUGCUAUGGAGAAAGUGCUCCAACUACUGUUUGCCCCACAGACCACCAGACAGAUUUCGAACUAGAAUGUUUCAGGACAAAGUUGAAAUGGCACUUGGCAGCAACCUGUCCUCUACUGACCCAUCCCGAUCAGAGGCUCUGAUCUACCUUUUCACUCUCAUCUUGCAGCUAAGAGUUUCAUCUGGAUUCCAGUUCUCUUAAACAGACUUGUCAAUCAUUGAUUUGGCCUGGCUCCAUCCUGUCUCUUCCCCUUUUUACUUCACUGCUGCUGAAACUUUUAUCUGCUGCUUUGAUGGUGUGCUCCUUUCAGCAAGGCAGUAGCGAGGCUAUGUACUAGAGCCAGGAUGGAACAGCGCCUGCCUUCCUUUGGGUCUCAAAGAUUACCUGGGAGGGAGAGUUGUCAUGGAGAAGAAGGAAAGAAAAAAACGGAAACUCUGUCAGCCACUAGGCCACUGACCACAGAAGCCCACACCUCCCUGUCCUUGCUCAGACAUGUCUGUGCGUGUUGGGAGCAAGGGGAGGGGACUCCCUGCAUCUCACGUCAUCCAGCAGUAUUAUUAAAUUGAUUUAUUUUAAAAAAUAGUUUCUAUCUUUUGUAAUGUGAUUCAGACACUUACAUUAUGUUCUACAAUCCAUUUUUAAAACACCCAAGAUUAGGACUUCUGAACUCAAAAGCCAAUUUAAUCAACAAUUUUAUGAAAUUGAAUAGUGCCUGGAUCGUAAAGAGUGUGGUAAACCUUUUUUCACAUCUUCAACAUUUUACAGAACUUCUUUCCAUAAAAGCUAGGAGCAAAACAAGUUCAGAUGAUCACACAGAGGUAGGUCUGGUUGGAGAAGAAAGUUGGAGUAGAGGAGUUUCACAGCAUGGGUUCCAUGGAGACAGCAUAAAGGGGACCAUGGUAAAGGAAGUUUAGGAAAUGCUUCAUGCUUUCAUUCUUUCUUGGAGAUUCACAUUGUACACUGGUAUAUUAAAGUAUCUAAAAAGUCCUAUUACAGAGAAACUGGUUUAACUGUGUGUAAAUCCACUGUUUACCAAACUCAUUUGACCAUGGAACCUGUUUUUUUUUUAUUUUUUUUAUUUCUCUCUGUGUGUGUAAGAUUAAUCUUCCGUAGAAUUGGAAUUUGAUGAACCAUCGUUUUGGAAAUAGUAGAGAGGGACAUUGUGGGAAAUAAGACCACAAAAAUAGACUGAAUGGAGGGAAUGAAUUCUGGGCUAAGGGCCAUGGACUUGUUUUAUAGGUUGAGCAUUCUCAGCAAGAAAAUGACAUGACCAAAGCAGUGGUUUAAGAAGAUUAAUAUGGCUGGGAUGUGCCAACUGAUUAAAAAAGUUAAAACCCUGGAGGUAGGACUUCUACUUGAAAAAAGAUGGAGCAGAUAUUCUUUUUCCCUAUUCCUCCUGAUAAGAACAGCUAAACUCCUUGGACAAAAGACAGACUGGCUCAGGACCUUGGGACCUGAGGAGCAACAUGACAGUGAGUUCCCUGGAUUUUCUUUGUGCCUCAUAUAUCCCAGACUGGGUUCUGGAGAAGCUGGCCAACAAGUGGAGACAGAAAAGCCUUCUUUCUCUAGCCGUAUUAGUGCCGUAUGGUUGCUGUAACAAAUUAGCACAAAGUAGGUGGCUUAAAACAACAGAAAUUUAAUCUCAAAAGUUCUGGAGACCAGAAUUCUGAAAUCAGGUAUUCCUUGAAAGCUCUAGGGGAGAUUCUGUUCCUUGCCUCUUCCAGUUUCAGGCAAUCCUUGGUUUGUGGCCGUGUGUCUCCAGUCUCUGCUUCCUUUGUCGCAUCACGGCCUCUUCUGUCUGUUAAAUCCACCCUGGGUGUCUCUUUUAAGAACAUUUGCCAUUGGAUUUAGGACCCUUCCCUUAAUCCAGGAUAAAUGCCUCUUCUCAAGAUCCUUAACUUGAUCACAUAUUCAGCCAUAUAAAGUAAUAUUUACUCUUUCGCUAUAUAAGGUAAUAUUCACAGGCCAUGGGGAUUAGGACAUAUCUUCUUGGGGGCUACCAUCCAACCCAUUACAGUCCACCCUCUGGCUCCCUCAAAAUUCACGUGUGUCCCACAUGUAAAAUACAUUCAUCCUAUCCCAACAUCUCCAAAAGUCUCAACCUGCAGUCCAAAAAUCUCAUCCAAAUCCCGUCCAAAUAGAAUCAGUUCAAAAGUUCCAAAUCUCAUCAUCCAAACCAGAUCUGGGUGAGACUCUGGCCAUGAUCCAUCAUGGGGCAAAAUUUCUCUAUCUAGAGACCUGAGAAAGUAGAAAACAAGUCAUCUGCUGCCAGAAUACAGUGGUAGGUUAGGGGUAUGACAGACAUUCCCAUUCCAAAAGGGGGAAAUUGGAAGGAUUAAAGGGCUCACAGUCCCAAAUAGGUUGGAAAUCCAGCAGAACAAAUACCAUUAGAUUUCAAGUCCUGAUAAUUCUCUGUGGAAGCUUCACCUUCCAGGCCCACAGUGGCUCUAUAGGCCUCUGAGUCUGCACCCAUUGCCUCAGCACAUACACCUCUGACUUCUGCACCUGUGGCUCUGCCCUCAGAGUCAUUCUUUUUCUUAAAGGGUAGCACAUAUUUGAGGACUAAGGCGUGCCUGACCCAAGCCAUAUCAUCAGUCACCUCAUAUGCAGGCAAAGGCUGGACAGUGAAUAAGGAAAAUUGAGGAAGAAUUAAUGCCUUUGAAUUAUGGUGUUGGCAAAGAAUAUUGAAUAGACCAUGAACUGCCAGAAGAAUGAACAAGUCUGUCUUGGAAGAAGUACAGCCGGAUUGCUCCGUAGAAGCGAGGAUGGUGAGACUUCCUCUUACGUACUUUGGAUGUAUUAUCAGGAGGGACCAGUCCCUGGAGGAGGACACAUGCUUGGUAAAGUAGAAGGUAAGUGAAAAAAAGGAAGACCCUUAAAGAGAUGGAUUGACACAGUGACUGCAACAAUGGACUCAAACAUAGCAGCAGUCGUGAGGAUGGCACGGACUGGGCUGUGUUUCAUUCUGCUGCACAUAGGGUCACUGUGAGUCACAACUAACUCGAUGGCACCUAACAAUAAGAAGCAUAUGUUUGCAGUUGAAUAGCUCCGUCAGCUCAUCUGCCUAUAGGAUUUUGGAAGUUCAUCAAUCUUACCAUUUUGUUCUGUCUUUGUCUCUUUUAAUCCAAGCUGGCAGUGUUUCUGCUUAUGUAACAUUUUCAAAAACCUUUGGGUCUUCUGUGUAUGUCAUGGGGGUACAUGCCAUUAGACAAGAGGGUCUUCCACAGAUCUUUGCUGGAUAACCCCGUCUCUAUUCCUGGUUUUUGCUGAGAUGGUUGAGUGGGUCCAUGAGUCACACACCUAGUCUCUUCAGCAGAAGGUGUUGCAGCCACACCAUUAGUCUUCUCUCCAGAGCAUGCUUUCCCAACAGUGAAUAUCUUAAUUUUAGCAUCCUUUGCAAUCUGGAGAGGCACAGAACCUCCAGAAUCAUCAAGUGCUGGUUCUUUUUUGUUUAAUAGUUUCUUCCUCAGUUUAUGUCUUUCCUUUUGCAUUUUACAAUAGGCAGCAAAUAGAAACCAGGCCACAUCUUCAUAAUUUUGCUUGGAAAUCUCAAACAUCCAGCCUCAUCAUUUACAAGCUCCCCUUUCCACACAACUAUAGAACGAAUUCUGCCAAGUUUCUGCCACUAUAUAACAUGGAUCAAUUUUCCUCCAGUUUCCAAAAAUGUGCUUCUCAUUUCUCUCUGAUCCCUGCCAGCAGUGACUAAUGUUCAUAUGGCAAUGUAUUUAUUCUCUAAGAUGAUAAAAGUUUUCUCCACCAUACUCCUCACUUCUUCUGAGCCCUCAUCGGGAAAAAAAAAACAAAACCCAAGGAGGCGGUGCCAAGAUGGCAGAGUAGUCAGACGCUUCCUGUGUUCCCUCUUACAACAAAGACCUGAAAAAACAAAUGAAUUGAUUUAUAUAUGACAACCUAGGAACCCUGAACAUAAAGACAAAGUUGAGGAGUCAGACUUUGCGGUGGGAAAGUGGGGGAAAGACAGGUUCAGAAGCAGCGAGGAUUUGCCAGACCUGACCUGGCCAGCACCCUGCAGUCUGGAUUGGCUGAUGCACAUGGGCUGAGGCACACAGUAGUGCUCGGGACAUGUUUCCCACAUCGGGAGAAACCGAGCAGCUGAGAAUCUGCACGAGCCUCCAGAGCCAGGGGGAGGUGGCUCUGGAUCUUGGAAAGUUAAGUGCAAGUGUCUGUCCUAUUGCAUGGGAUCAAAAUAACCCUCCCCCCUCUGGGAAGUACCUUUCUCCUAUUCACUCUCCCCUUCCCCACUCUGCUGCAGUCCUGGUCUGGCAUUAGCAAUUGCUACGCACUGGGCUGAAAGUGGGACCCGUUGCAUGUCCCAAGCCAUUCUCCCGGCUUUGGAGAGGGAACAAAUCAACAAACAGGAAAAAAUCUGCCAGGUCCCCUAAGCCAGGACCUCAGGGCAUGCACAGCCCCUUUGCCUAGGCACAGGCAUAAGGGGUCUGUGAACUUCGAAUGUCUUUGACCCCUGUUUAGACCUAUGUGGGCCCAUUUCAACAGUGUAGGCCAUUGUUAGCAUAGUACAACAGGGUAUAUACCUGAAGCCUAUUUUCAACUGCAGCUGCUGGGGGUGGGGGGUGGCAGAUUUGUGACGUUUGAAACUGCCCUGCCCAUUAAGCAGGGUCCUCACCUACCCACAUCAGGGGCGUGAGGACUGGUGGCUGCAGCCCUUCCAGCUAGUCAUCCACGACAGGGGUCUGAGAUGAAGUGGUGCCUCCCAGUCCUUACAGCCAACAGCACUGGGUGCCCAAAGUCUGGCUGCAAGACCCACCCACCUAUGUGCUUUAGGGGACAGGGACACACUUUCCACACAGGUACUCAGGGACAGCCAUUAGCCCACUACCUUGCUCAGCACAUAACCCUCUACUGCAACCAGAUACCUGUGCAUGCUCCAAUCACCCUACAUAGGCCUAGCACUGUAGGUGAGAGCCUGCCCCACGCACUUGGUGACUGACAACCUAGACAGCUGAGUUGACUCCACACAAGAAAACUAAAACUCCUGGGCUCACACAUACCUAGUAGCAGCUCUAACAACCUGGUGACAAAGUGAGAGCCUCAAAGAUACCAACAAUCAAAGUAGCUCACACAACCAGCCUAUUUGAGCAUAUUAAAACAAAACAAGAAGCUAGGACACAGUAAGCAAACAUAGUAACCUAUGGAUGGCUUGGGGACAACAGUCAGUGUCAAAUCACAUAAAGAGGCAGACCUUGAUGGCUUCAGCAAGUGACCAAAACAGAGAGCCAGGAAACCUCCCAGAGAAAGAGAAGGUCUUGGAAUUACCAGAGGUAGAAUUCAAAAGAUUAAUAUACAGAGCUCUUCAAGAGAUCAGGAAGGAGAUCAGGCAAAAUGCAGACCAAGCCAAAGAACACACAGACAAAGCAAUAGAGGAAUUUAAGAGGGUUGUAGAAGAGCAAGAUGACAAAUUUAACAGUCUGCAAGAAUCCGUAGAGAGACUACAAAUAGAAAUCCAAAAAUUAACAAGUUUCAGAAUUAGACAACUCAAUAGAAAGUCAUAGGAGCAGAAUUGAGGCAAUGGAAGUCAGAAUUAGUGAGAUUGAAGGUAAAGCACUUGAAACCAAUUUAUUUAAGGAAAAAUCAGAUAAAAGAGUUUUAAAAAAAUGAAGAAACCCUAAGAAUGUGGGACUCCAUCAAGAGGAAUAACCUAUGAGUGAUGGGAGUACCAGAAUUGGGGGGCGGGAAGGAUUAACAGAAAAUACAGAGAGAAUUGUUGAAGAUUUAUUGGCAGAAAUGUUCCCUGAUAUCUUGAAAGACAAAAAGAUAUCUAUCCAAGAAGCUCAUUGAACCCUUCACAGGGUAGAUUCCAAAAGUCACCAAGACAUAAUCAAACUUGCCAAAACCAAAGAUAGAGGAUUUUAAGAGCGAUUAGGGAUAAACAGAAAAUUAUCUACAAAGGAGAGUCAAUAAAACUUAACUCUGACUACUCUGCAGAAACCAUGUAGGCAAGAAGACAAUGAGAUGACAUAUACAAAGCCUUGAAGGAAAAAAAUUGCCAGCCAAGAAUUAUAUAUCCAGCAAAACUGUCUCUCAAAGAUGAUGACAAAAUUAGGGUAUUUCCAGAUAAACAGAAGUUAAGAGAAUUUGUAAAAACCAAACCAAAAUUAUGAGAAAUAGUAAAGGGAGUCCUCUGGUUAGGGAAUUAGUAACAUCAGAUGUCCCAAGACUAGAACACAGGACAGAUCAACCAGAUAUCAACCCAGAUAGGGAAGCCACAAAAGUAAGUCAAAGCUAAAACACUGAGAAUAGGAAAAUAGAGACGUCAAUAUGUAAAAGAUGACAACAUUAAAACAAGAGGGACUAAAUAAUGUAGUCAUAGAACUUUCAUAUGGAGAGGAAGUUAAGACAAUAUCAAGAAAUAAAAGAUUGCUUUAAACUUAGAAAAAUAGAGGUAAAUUUUAAGGUAACCACAAAGGAAACUAACAAUUCUAUACAUCAAGAUGAAAAAGAAAAACAAACUCAGCACAGAAAAUUAAGUGGAACAAAGAAACAACAACAUACAUACACAAAAAAAACACAUCAAAAUGACAGCACUAAACUUAUAGCUGUCAAAAUUACACUGAAUGUAAAUGGACUAAAUGCACCAAAAAAGAGAGAGUGACAGAAUGGAUUAAAAAAACGUUAUCCAUCUAUGUGCUCCCUACAAGAGACACACCUUAGAAUCAAAAACACAAACUAAAACUGUGAAAGGAUGGAAAAAAAAAAAAGCAAACAACAAUCAAAAAAGAGCAGGAGUGGCAAUGUUAAUCUCUGACAAAAUAGACUUUAAAGUAAAAUCCACCACAAAGGAUAAGGAAGGAUGCUAUAUAAUGAUUAAAGAGUCAGUAUAUCAGGAGGACGUAACCAUAAUAAAUAUUUAUUCACCCAACUAUUGGGUUCCAAAAUACAUAAAAGAAACUUUAACACCAUUGGAAAGAGAAAUAGCUCCAAAAUGAUAAUAGGAGACUUCAACACACCACUUUCAGUGAAGGAGAGAACAUUCCGAAAGAAGCUUUAUGGAGACACAGAAAGUCUAAGUGCUAAAAUCAAUUUGAUCUCAUACACAUAUACAGAACACUCCACUCAACAGCAGCCAUGUAUACUUUCUUUUCCAGUGCACAUGGCACAUUCUCCAGAAUAGACCAUAUAUUAGCCCUCAAAGCAAGCCUUAACAGAAUCCAAAACAUAGAAAUACUCCAAAGCUUCUUUUCUGACUAUAAAGCCAUAAAAGUAGAAAUCAGUAAGAGGAAAAUGAAACACAGGGAAACUGAACAAUACCUUAGUCAAGGACGGAAUAAAGAAACUCAUAGAAUCAAAUGAGAAUGAAGACACAUCCUACCAGAACCUUUGGGACACAGCAAAAGCAGUGUUCAGAGGUCAAUUUAUAGCAAUAAAUGCACAAUCCAAAAAAAGGACUGGGUCAAAACCAAAAUAUUAACCCUACAACUUGAACAAAUAGACAAUAAAAAAAAAAACUCUCAGACACCAGAAGAAAGGAAAUAAUAAAAAUUAGAGCAGAAAUAAAUAGAGAAUAGAAAAACAAUCAGAAGAGUUAAGACCAAAAGCUGUUUCUUUGAAAAGAUCAACAAAAUUGAUAAACCGCUGGCCAAACCAACAAAAGAAAAACAGGAAAGGAGCAAAUAACUCAAAUAAGAAAUGACAUGGGUGAUACCAGAAGAGACCCAACUGAAACUAAAAGAAUCAUCACAGAAUACUCUGAAAAACUGUACUCCAACAAAUUUGAAAACCUAGAGGAAAUGGACAAAUUGCUAGAAACACACUACCUACCUAAACUAACACAAACCAGGGUAGAAAAACUAAGUAAGCCUAUAACAAAAGGAGAUGAUGAAGAGGUAAUUUUAAAACUUCCAACAAAAAAAGCCCUGGCUCUGAUGGCUUCACUGGAGAAUUCUACCAAACUUUCAGAAAAUAGUUAACACCAGUACGACUAAAGGUAUUUCAGAGCAUAGAAAAGGAUGGAAUACUUAUGAACUUAUUAUAUGAAGCCAGCAUAACCCUGCUACCAAAACCAGGUAAAGUCACCACAAAAAAAAAAAUUUCAGAUCAAUAUGCCUCAUGAACAUAGAGGCAAAAAUCCUCAACAAAAUUCUAGCCAAUAGAAUUUAACAACAUAUCAAAAAAAUAAUUCACCAUGACCAAGUAGGAUUCAUACCAGGUAUGUAGGGAUAGCUCAACAUUAGAAAAACAAUCAAUGUGAUCCAUCUCAUAAAUAAAAGAUAAGAACCACAUGAUCUUAUCAGUCGAUGCAGAAAAGGCAUCUGACAAAGUCCAACAUCCAUUCAUGAUAAAAACUCACCAAAAUAGGAAUAAAAGGGAAAUUCCUCAACAUAAUAAAGGGCAUUUAUACAAAGUCAACAGCCAACAUCAUCCUAAAUGGAGAGAGUCUGAAAGCAUUCCCCUUGAGAACGGGAACCAGACACGGAUGCCCUUUAUCGCCACUGUUACACAACAUUGUGUUGGAGGUCCUAGCCAGAGCAAUAAGUCAAGAAAAAGAAAUAAAGGGCAUCCAAAUUGGUAAGGAAUUUGGAUCCCUAUUUGCAGAUGAUAUGAUGUUGUAUACAGAAAACCCCAAAGUAUCCACAAGAAAACUACUGGGUGUAACAAGAUUUCAGCAAAGCAUCAAGAUACAAGAUAAACAUACAAAAAUCAGUUGGAUUCCUCUACGCCAAUAAAGAGAACUUUAAAGAGGAAAUCACCAAAUCAAUAUCAUUUACAGAGCCCCCAAGAAGAUAAAAUACUUAGGAAUAAAUCUAACUGGAGACAUAAAAAAACCUAUGCAAAGAAAACUACAAGACACUAAUGCAGGAAACCAGAAGAGACCUACAUAAGUGGAAAAACAUACCUUGCUUAUGGAUAGGAAGACUCAACAUUGUGAAAAUGUCAGUUCUAACAAAAGCUAUCUACAGAUACAGUGCAAUCCCUAUCCAAAUUCCAAGAACAUUUUUUAAUGAGAUGGAGAAACAAAUCACCAACUUCAUAUGGAAAGGGAAGAGGCCCCGGAUAAGUAAACCAUCCCUGAACCUGAUUUUAGAAUCUAUUAUACUGCCACGGUAGUCAGAACAGCUUGAUACUGGUACAACAAUAGAUACAUAGACAAUGGAACAGAAUUGAGAGUCCAGAUGUAAAUUCCUUCUCCUAUGAGCAGCUGAUAUUUGACAAAGGCCCAAAGUCCAUUAAAUGGGGAAAAGACAGUCUUUAACAAAUGGUGCUGGCAUAACUGGAUACCCAACUGUAAAAAAAAUGAAACAAGACCCAUGCCUCACACCAUGUAUAAAAACUAACUCAAAAUAAAAUCUAAAACAAUAAAAAUCAUGAAAUUAAAAUAGGGACAAGGCUAGGAGCCAUAAUACAUGGUAUAAACAGAAUACAAACCCUAACUAACAAUGUAGAAACGCCAGAAGAGAAACUAGAUAACUGGGAGCUCCUAAAAAUAAAACGGUUAUACUCAUCAAAAGACUUCACUGAAAAAGUAAAAAGACAACCUACAGAUUGGAAAAAAAAUUUUUGGCUACGACAUAUCCGAUAAAGAUCUAAUCUCUAAAAUCUACAAGAUACUGCAAAACAAAAAGACAAAUAACCCAGUUAAAAAAUGGGCAAAGGUUAUGAACAGACACUUCACCAAAGAAGACAUUCAGGCGGAUAACAGAUAUGUGAGGAAAUGCUCAGGAUCAUUAACCAUUAGAGAAAUGCAAAUCAAAACUACAGCGAAAUAUCUCACCCCAACAAGGCUAGCAGUAGUCCAAAACACACAUACAAAAAAAAUGUUGGAGAGGUUGUGCAGAGACUGGAACACAUACACUGCUGGUAGGAAUGUAGAAUGGUACAACCACUUUGGGAAUCGAU